GGGCGGCUUUUCAUGGAGCGCUGCGCGCCGCCGGCACCUGUCGCGAUAUUCCUUCCCCUUCCCUCUCUGCCUCCGUCGCCGCCCUUCACGGGACCGACGAUGCGCGCUGUGGCGCUGAUCGCCGCGCUGGCCGUGCUGGCAGCGAGCCGUCCGGCCGCCGGGUCCUCGCCCAACGCCACGGAGCCGCAGCGGCACGGGGAACGGGAGCCCGAGAGCCGUGGGGGCGAGCCCGUGCCGGGUCCUGACUACGAGGAGGAUGAGGAGGAGUACGAGGAGGCGCCGCCCGUCCACCAGUACAUCGUGGACGACUUGAUCCGAGUUGAACCUGUGGUUAAACCCAAGCCUACAAAGAGGGGGGGUGAGAAGAGUGCUGGCAAAUCCAGAAGGAAGAAAAACAGAGGCAAAAACAAGAAGAAAGGGACUCCCUGUGAAAUGGAAUACAAAAACUUUUGCAUCCACGGAGAAUGCAUAUACCUAGAACAUCUCCAGAUGGUGACCUGCAAGUGUCAUCAGGAUUUUUUUGGUGAGCGCUGUGGUGAACAGUUCAUGAAGACUCAAAGGAAGAAUGAUGUGGCAGACUACUCCAAGACUGUAUUGGUAGUGGUAGCUGUCCUGCUCUCAAGCAUCAGCUUCAUUACUGUACUUAUCAUUGUGAUAGUGCAGGUCAGGAAAAAGUGUCCUCAGUAUGAAGAGAAAGAAGAAAGGAAAAAACUCCGACAAGAAAACAGAAAUGGCCAUGUUGGGGUGUAAAUGGGGAGAAAGCAGAACAAUUCUGAAGUGGCCAUUGCCAACCUGCAGGGUACCUCUGGCUACCUGACACAUCCACCUGGACACUGUGGGCUGGAGCUGUUGCCACUAAGCCCUGAUUCAUCAAGACAGAGGCUGCUCCAAGGAGAUGCCAACAGGCCACUUGCUGCUGAAUCGCUUGCUGGGGAGGACAGUUACUGCUGCAUCUUGGCACAGCCACGUGGAAGGAGCUGGCACUGUGGGGGACAGACCUGCUGUCAAGACCUGCAAGAGACUACUGCUACUGAGCCCUCCCUAUCCCUGCUGGAGCUCCAGUCUCUGCUGUGGUGUGGAUGGACUUUGCUCUCUUAGCAAGUCUCCUUUGGCAGCUCUAGCUCUAAGGGAGAGAGCCUGUUGACGCUUUCAGGAGUGGAUGGAGGGGAGAAAAAUUUUUUCUACCAAAGUGAAAAAGGGAAGAGGUUGGGAUGGCUUCUCUCCCUAGACCUCAGUGGAUAAAAACCCAAUUCUUUUGUCACUGUGCUCCCUGUCAAUACUGGCUUCCAAGAGCUUCAUCUCUAGUUGUGACUUGUAGGGCGUUGGUGACAGAUCUUUAUCAGCCUCAUCUGGGUUCUGUUACUGUGUGUGUGGAAGUAAUCCCUCAGAGUUCUGUAGGACUCGUGGUGUGAGUGGAGCUAUCCGUUUGUGUGUGUGCUAGCCUGGGGUAAAAUCAGUCUCCUCAGGAUGCUGAGACAGUAAAUGCAAGACCUGAAGUUUGUAUCUGAAGGAAAAGAUCCGUGCUCAAACCAGCUGAUAAGCUUGGACCCAUGUGUUCUAAACACAAAGGUACUUCAGUUACCCAGAUACUUGUUGCUGCUUUAAGCAGUGCUUAAAGUAUAAAAUGCUUCACAUCAGAUCCCAUCAGUUAAACUUGACCAAGAACCUGUUCCUUUGAAGAAUUAAAUUCAGGCACUGGCACUCUGCAAGCAAUAGUCUCUUGUGCUUUACCUUCUGGUGUGAAGAAAUCUUACCUCAAUCUUUUCUGACCCAAGUGUCCUUGGUUUCUUAACUGUCCAUGCAGUCUUGAGCACAGAGUAUUAUUUGAGUUCAGUUUCUUCUUGGAAGAGUGAUUGUGUUCUGUAUAAACAGAGCAGAAUUCUUCUGCACCAUUAAUUGUCAAGUCAUAUCUGUAAAUGUGUAAAUAUUUAUUACUGUAUUUAAUAUUUAAUGUUUCCAUAACAAACUUAUUUAUUUUAUAAUUAAACUUUUUAC